CGAAGAUUAUGAGGAUUCAUCAACAACAAUAGACAAUAUUGCCUUUGAGUGAUAUUUGAAAUGAAGUAACGCAGUGAACGACUUAGUUCAAAAGUGCAUACGAAAGAUAUAACGGAUUCCGAUCACCAAACUAUCAAAUAAUUUUCCCCGUAAAAAAAUUCUUGCGCUAUUUUCCAGUCACCGUAUUCCCAACGCACAUAUCAGAUUUCUGAAAAAUCUAUUUGUAGCAUUGAGGUCCCGCCAAAAAUAACUACCCAUCCCGAAAAGUGGGGGGAGUUGCCAUAACCGCAUCUCCCUGAAAAUCCUACAACAGUCAGCACUGAGUCCCUGUUGACUGCUCAUUCCUAUCCAUCGUUUACAGGUCAUCAACAACAACACAGCCUUCACCAUGGCGGACGAUGAGAAAAAGAAACUGGAGGAGGAAAAGAAGAGGAAACAGGCCGAGAUUGAGCGCAAGAGGGCCGAGGUGAGGGCUCGUAUGGAAGAGGCCUCCAAGGCCAAAAAAGCCAAGAAGGGUUUCAUGACCCCUGAGAGGAAGAAGAAACUUAGGUUGCUGUUGAGGAAAAAAGCCGCUGAAGAAUUAAAGAAAGAACAAGAACGCAAAGCAGCUGAAAGGAGGAGAAUCAUUGAAGAAAGGUGUGGUAAACCAAAACUUGUAGACGAAGCAAAUGAAGGCCAGCUUAAGAAGAUUUGCAAAGAGUAUUAUGACCGCAUGUAUAUUUGCGAGGAGCAGAAAUGGGAUUUGGAGCGGGAAGUUAGAAAACGUGAUUGGGAGAUCGCCGAACUGAACAGCCAAGUCAAUGACCUGAGAGGCAAAUUUGUUAAGCCCACACUAAAGAAAGUAUCCAAAUACGAAAACAAAUUCGCCAAACUGCAGAAGAAGGCAGCAGAAUUCAAUUUCCGUAAUCAGCUCAAGGUCGUAAAGAAGAAGGAAUUCACCUUAGAAGAAGAAGAUAAGGAGAAAAAACCUGACUGGUCAAAGAAGGGCGACGAAAAGAAGGAGGGUGAAGUUGCACCUGAAGCGUCAGGAGAAGGAGCCCCUCCAGCAGAAGGUGCUCCGCCAGAAGGAGGCGCUCCCCCAGCUGAGGGAGCUCCCCCAGCAGAAGGUGCCCCACCUGCAGAAGGAGCCCCGCCGGCAGAAGGUGCACCUCCAACGGAAGGCGCCCCACCUGCAGAGGGCGACCCAGCGGCUGAAGGACAACCACCAGCAGAAGGACAACCUCCCGCUGAAGGUCAACCUGCAGCUGAAGAACCACCACCGGCUAGUGGAUUCGAGACGUUCAAGCAGUUGGUACUUGAAGAAAAUUACGACAUUGUUGCUCUCCCAGAGACAAUUCUGGCACCAACCGAAGACAAAGAAGCAGUAAAGAUUCCGAACUAUUCAUUCGUUGAACGACGCAAAAACAGCGGAGACGGUGUUUUGUUAUACAUAAAAGAUUCGCUAAAAUACAAGGUAGUUGAUUUGACUAAAGACGACAAUCCUGAAGCUCAAGUCAGCUUCGAGGAACUAUUAGAAAAGAUGAAAAAGAGCGAUGUUCCAGCGGAAGGAGAAGCAAAACCAGCUGAAGGAUCAACAGAGCAACCACCAGCUGAAGGAGCCGCUCCUGCAGAAGGAGCAGCAGCACCUCCAGCAGAGGGAGCGCCAGCGCCAGCAGAAGGCGCAGCACCACCAGCAGAGGGAGCUCCAGCACCUGCAGAAGGAGCCCCAGCACCAGCGGCAGACGCGCCAGCACCAACAGAAGGUGCUCCGGCUCCAGCCCCAGCAGAGGCCGCUCCGGCAGAAACAGCUGCAGCUGAAGCUGCUCCUGCUGCGGAAGCACCCGCGGAACCAGCGCCAGAAGCAGAAGUCGCCGUCGAGACGGUGCCAGAGCCAGAAAGCCAAGCCAUCCCAGUCACGCCGGUUAUAGAAGCUGCCGCCUGAUUCCUCUAGCCAUUAAGAACAUUUCAGUUUACAUUUGUUAGCUAUUUAUCUUUUAUGGUUUUUAAUUUGCACGAUGUGUAGAAUUAGGUCAAUAAACAUAUUUUUGGUUAUUACACCUCAUUUUUUUCUUUGCUGAAAAGCGCAAUUGCGACUAAACAAUAAAC